AUGGGGAACACUAGCUCGAAACCAUCUUCAAGGAAAAAAAAAAGCGGGAGUGAUACCACAACGGCAUUUACACGCACAGAUACUGCACAAUCUGGAAAGUCUGUGAAAUCCUCACGAUCUGUGAAAUCGGCGAAAUCCAAACGAUCACAGUCGUCUUCUGGUGUUCCUGCUGGUGCUGCUUACGAUUCAGACCCAAACUUGGAAACACAGCCUGAAAUGCUCAAAGCCACAGCAUCUUUCUCCAGGCGAAAUAGUGCCAUUUCCGGAUCUCAGCCGCCUCUUUCGCAUCGUGGAAGCUCCAAUAGUGUGGCCAACACCUACAGCAAAUUUCAGUCUCAGGUGGUGAGUGGAGACCUGCCUCCGUCAAUGAUACAAAUGGAACCCAAAUCGCCGAUUUUGAAAAAUUCAACCACAAUUUCCAGUCUCGGCGGUGGCGGCGCCGGUAAUAGUACGACGUACCAUGAGUCUGCAGUAACGGACGAUGAAAAUGACGAAAACGAAAUUCACCACCAUCGUCGCAAAAGCAACGAUUCCAGACGAUAUUCUCAAAAGUCGCCUUCUGCAGCUAGCAGGAGUAAUAGCGCGUCUUCCAGUUCCAGGCGGAAAACCGGCUCCCAUUUGGACGUGCCCGAUGGUUCCAUACCGGUACAACCGACACGUACAUCGUCGCAUUCAUCCGCGGGCAAUCACAGCCGAAAAUCGUCUUUUGGUAGCUCGAUGGGCAACACUGCAUAUAGCACCCCACUGAAUUCUCCUGGAGUUUUCAAAAACUCUCAAGACGAAUAUUUCGCCGAUAAACAAUCGGAUACUCACAACGGUAGUCCUCAAGUAUUGCGUUCAAGAUCGAGGCGAAAUUCCAUUGAUGAAUACCCGCACGACGUUUCGCAUAGUGCCGAUGUUGACGACGACACCAACACGUCGAUUACCACGAAGACUACAAAACGUAAAAAAUCAAUAAGGCCUAUCGAUAUCGAUGAAACUAUUCAAAAGCUUUUAGAUGCCGGUUAUUCUGGUAAGCGUACCAAGAACGUUUGUUUAAAGAAUUCCGAAAUUGCUCAAAUCUGCAACCAAGUGCGCGAAAUUUUCCUAUCUCAACCAUCACUUCUCGAGCUUUCGCCGCCUGUAAAAAUCGUUGGAGAUGUGCAUGGUCAGUACGCUGACCUUUUGAGACUGUUCACGAAAUGUGGUUUCCCACCAGCGGCGAAUUAUCUACUACUUGGCGAUUACGUCGAUAGGGGCAAACAGUCGUUAGAAACCAUCCUGCUUCUACUGUGUUACAAGAUCAAAUAUCCAGAGAAUUUUUUCUUACUGAGGGGCAAUCACGAAUGUGCAAACGUCACUAGAGUCUAUGGGUUUUACGAUGAGUGCAAACGUCGAUGCAAUAUCAAAACCUGGAAGAUAUUCAUCGACACUUUCAACACUUUGCCAUUGGCAGCUAUUGUUGCUGGUAAAAUUUUCUGCGUGCACGGCGGGUUGUCACCGGUGCUGAAUUCUAUGGACGAAAUUCGUCACGUCAGCAGGCCAACUGACGUCCCAGAUUUUGGUCUGAUCAAUGACCUUCUAUGGUCCGACCCCACCGAUUCGCCGAACGAGUGGGAGGACAAUGAACGUGGCGUAAGUUAUUGUUACAACAAAGUCGCCAUCAACAAAUUUUUGAAUAAGUUCGGUUUCGAUUUGGUGUGCAGGGCACAUAUGGUCGUUGAAGAUGGCUACGAAUUUUUCAACGAUAGGAGUUUGGUAACAGUGUUUUCAGCUCCAAACUACUGUGGUGAAUUUGAUAAUUGGGGGGCUGUCAUGAGCGUCAGUGAAGGAUUACUUUGCAGUUUUGAAUUGCUGGAUCCCUUGGAUAGCGCUGCUAUAAAGCAAGUCAUGAAAAAAGGUCGACAGGAAAGAAAACUAGCUAAUCAACAGCAGCUAUCUCUAGAAUGA